AUAUAUUGCUUUGGCAACACUGGAUAGAAAGCAAAACGAAAACUCAACCAACCAUAAUUUUUAAUAAUAUUGCUAAUUAUGCUCAAAAGCGUUGAAUAAAAAUAUAAUGAGCGCCCACCACAGGCCCCUAGACGAGUCAGAUGUUUUGUUAAUACGUACGAUACGUUCAACGCCAUCGCUAUAUGACCACAGACAUGGUGACUUUCGCCUUUCGCAGAGAAAAGAAGAGGAUUGGGCCAAAGUGGCGGAGGCCCUAAAUAUUUCAUCGCCAGAUGCACGACGCAGAUGGACGUGUUUGAGAGAUCGGUACUCGCGUGAAUUAAAACAAAUGCGUCUGCAUCCAGCGUCCGAAUUUGGACGAAAUGAUUUCUUUCGUCAAAUGGAUUUUUUGCGGGAGUUUGUGCGAAAACGUCGCGAGCGAAACCGUCGUGACGAUACACCAACAAGUUGGUUAAAAACAGAGGUACGGCCGUCAAAGCUGUUGAAAGCCCGCUCCGAGCCAGAAGCACUGAUAGAACAGGAUUUGGACGAGUCGCAGGUGUACGAUGAGUGUGAUCACACCUACGAUACUGAUACCAAGUUGGAAGUGCAAACAACGCAGUCGGAAAGUUAUUCAGUGCUCGUUGAAGCCGAUGACGGAGACGGGGAUGGUGAUGGUGAAGCUGAUGUGGACGGACACGAUUCAUAUGAGGAAUACAUGGCCGAUUCCGAAUGUGUCGAUCAGAAAGUCUUGCCCACGCUACAACCAUCGCCAGCUCUGGUCACAGUUCAUUCUGCGGCGCCAACAGCGACAGCGAACGUAUCAACAGCGGAAGGAUCGGCGUCAGAUGCUGGCCACUCUCAAGCAGAUAUCGAUUAUGUGGUCUGCAUGCCGAACGUACGCGUUGAGCGGGAGCAUUUGCCGUCAAUAAAGCCAGAAGCAUCACCAGGCUUUGAGGCGACAACAACAGCCACAGCCGCAGCCACCGGCGUGACCAACGAGACUGAAGAUGACUUCUUCUGCAAAUCUGUGGCGGCAUAUUUGCGACAGUUGUCGCGGCGUCACAAAAUCAAAGCAAAAGUUGAAAUGUAUCAAAUACUGGAGAAGUAUAUAUUACUGGAGGAGUCAGCGACGACGUCGGGAUCGGGUCACAAUGGUUAAGCAGGUUACAUAGCGACAUAUGUAUAGUUUUUAAAUAAAUUUUUAUGGAGUACAAAUAUACAACUGA